GAGGCCGGCUCUGGUCUCGAUCACCACAGGGUGGGCGGAGGCGGUGGCCGUCCACCCCACCACAGCCAUGGAGCCUCUGCCCAGCGGCGACUACUGUGACCUGGGUGCAUACUGUGACCCCGACUACUACUGGCUGGGGAUGCAAGAAGUGGAAAUCAGUUCUGAACCUGUGCAGGACGCGGCCCCAGACGCCAAAGAAGACGGCCACAUUGAUGACGGCAGUCUAGUCCCCGUGGGCAACAAUAACCCCCAGGGCGGUGUCAGCUCUGCCAACUCUGGAGGCGACAUCAACCGUGAAGGCGUGGCGAACCGUGACGGCGAAGAGAACCACGAGGCCAGCGGUGUCGUCCAGGCGCUGGGGCAGCAGCACGCUGAAGGGCCACCCCAAGUGGCAGCCGCUAGGGCUCGUCAGCCCCACCGCCGGCAGCAGGGAGCCCCGCGCUCUAAGUUCACGGCAUUUCAGGUGCGGGAGCUGGAAAGCGUUUUCCAGCGCACUCAAUACCUUGACGUGGCCACAAGAAGAGAACUUGCAAGCUGCAUGAAUGUGACCGAAGCCAGAGUGCAGGUUUGGUUUAAGAACAGGAGAGCCAAGCUCAGGAGAGAUGAGAGGGCAUCAAUGCCCACAACUACUCCACCUACUAACCUGGAACACCUGGUCAUCCUAAUGCUGGACGGGCCCUAGAAUGUCGCUCUCGUUCAGAAGCCAGAUUGGAGAUGGGUUCUUCCGGUGCCACUGACACCCGGGCCGUCUUGUUGCCCCUGCCACCCUUUUCUCCU